AUGUCAACGAUCAACAUUUCAGGAAUAGCCAUACCCCGCCUAUGCUUCGGAGUGGGAACCCUCAUGAGAUGGGCACCCGGCCACACCCACCCACUUCCCACAGACAGCAGCGUCGAAAUUCAACAAGCCAUUGACGCUGGCUUCCGCCACUUCAAUACUGGUGAUAUCUACACCAACAAUGACAGUUUUGCCAAAGUCCUCCGCCGCAGCAAUCUCAAACGCUCCGAGAUCUUCCUGUCCCUAAAGAUCAACACCUACGCAUCGUUAGGAUGUCGAGGGCGCGAUCACAUGAUCCAAGCCGUAAAGCAGGAGGUUGAGCGGUUUGGGAUAUUAGAAGGUUAUGUCGACAUUCUGCAGUUGCACUUCCCGCCCCGCGGUCACGCUGGGAACAUGACAAAUCGCGAGGCAUGGCGUGUGCUGGAAGACCUCAAGGAUCAGGGACUUGCUCGCAUUAUUGGUGUGUCAAAUUGGACAUUGCCUGAUUACCAUGACAUCUUUAACGCCAGCGACCUCAAGCACCCUCCACAGCUCAACGAGUACGAGUUUAAUCCUUUCUUGCUGUCUGACCCCAAAUUCCGGCAACUCCGGGAGUUCGAAGACAAGCACAACGUUGUCACAAUGAACUAUGGGGUUUUGACAGCCAUCAACGGUCGCUUGCCUAAUCAAGAUAGCACAACAUUAUUCCAGAAGUUGGAAGAGCAGUCGAAGCAGACGAAGCUGUCCGUAGCUGAUCUGCUGCUCAGCUGGGCAUAUUACCGGCUUGGCGGCAUUCUUGUGACAUCUACAUCGAAGGCAGACCGCGCUAGAAAGACCUUCGAGCUUCUUUCGGCUAAGCAUGCGCCAUUCAACGGUCAGAUCUACGAGGAGAUUGAGAAGGCGGCAGCACUGGAUGGCCCCGAAGGCAAGGUAUUCUAUGGCCAUCCUCACAUGGAGAAAGCUCGCCAGGAGCAUUUGAGCGCUCAGAAAGAGCUCAACUACCCCACCGCCACUUACCAUGAGAGUUUCGGCACCCCACCACAGCCUGCGACGUCACUAGUGUUUCCCCACGCCCUCAUUCCUCAAGAACCACACGAUAUAAGCUUUGUCUACACCACGAAUUUCCAAACGAAGCAUCUCCAGGCGAAAAUUGCCAUGUCUUAUCUUGGGCUCUUUGGUUCUCUCGCGCUCCUUGCCAUUAGCUGGCUGCUCAGCCACAUCCGUUCAUGUCUUUCUCCCCCCGGAGCGUACGGUCCUGCAUUCGCCAGAUGGACUGACGCAUGGUACAUCUGGGAAAUAUGGCAGGGCAAGUAUGAGGCAUACGACAUCGAAGCACACAGAAGUGGCUCCAGAAAAAUCGUUCACAUCGGGCCUCGCAUGUACAGCAUUGAUGACCCGGCCAUGGCCCGUGUAAUCUAUGGCAUCUCAUCUCCUUUACCAAAAAGCAAAUGGUACGAUGCAUGGGGAGAUCCUCGCAUCCCGAAUCAUAAUCUUUUCAGCGCGCGCGAUCGCGUCGUGCAUGGCCUCAUGCGCCGCAAGGUUGCCAGCAUGUACUCCAUGUCGACAAUCAAGUCCUACGAGCCCUAUGUGGACAGCUGUGUUGCACUUCUUCUGAAGCGUUUCGACGAAUUCUCCGAAAGCGGAGAGACGAUCGACCUGCAGCAGUGGAUGCAGUGCUAUGCAUUCGAUGUGAUCGGUGAGAUUACUUUCGGCAGACGAGUGGGUUUCUUGGAAUCUGGCGGGCAAGAUGUCGACGGCAUCAUGCGAGGUCUGGCAAAUGCCAAUGCCUUUGCCACACUUUCGGGCGUCAACGCUGUCUUACUGCCAAUCCUUUUUAUCCUCUACGGUAACCCUGUUCGUGGUAUCGCAAGUUUUGCGCGAAAGCUCCAAUCUGAGAGCGAUGAAAUUGACAUCAAGGAAAAGCAUGGCGGAGAGACCUUCCUGGCAAAAGUCCAACGACUGCAGAAGGAAGACCCGGAGGAAUACGAAAAAUUUCGUAUCCGAACGAUUACUUUGACAGGAAACGUCGCAGCUGGAAGUGACACCACAAGCAUCUCUCUGACAAGUGCGCUAUAUCAUCUCCUUACCACAAACGGUGUCUCAGAGCGCAUGUAUGAAGAGCUUGAUUCUCAAGGCUUCUGCUCUAGUCUUGACGAACACAUCACUUUUGACCAAGCCCAGCAACUUCCAUACCUCCAGAUGGUCAUCAAAGAAGCCCUGCGACUCCAUCCAGCCGUCGGCUUGCCCAUGUGGCGCGAAGUCGUAGGGUCAGGUCUGGACGUGGAUGGAACCCAUUUUCCACCUGGGGCACUCAUCGGUGUCAAUCCCUGGGUAGCGCACCGGAACGCAGAUGUCUUUGGCACGAACGCCGCGGACUUCGUACCAGAACGGUGGGAUCCCCAACACACCUCCUCGGAGACUUUAGCAGCGAUGGAGCAGUACUACCUGCCUUUCGGAGCGGGCGCGAGGACUUGCAUAGGGAAGCAUAUAUCACACCUGGAGAUGGUGAAGUUGAUCCCAGAGCUAGUCAGACGGUAUGAGUUCAAGUGUACUAGUGGGGAAUUGAAGACAACGAAUAGGUGGUUUGUAAAGCCGCAGAAAGUGCUCUUCAGCGUCAGGAGGAGAGGAACACGAGCUUGA